GUGUUUUAUGGGAUGAUCAAUAGUCGGUUCAUUGCUUGAUUUCCACUUUCACUAUAAUUAUCUGGUUUGUUGAGUUGGAUUAUGAUUCAUACAAUCUUUUUUGUCAUCUUACCUCUCACCAGGGCAGUGUGAAUAUCAUUUCCCUUUCUCACAACAAUGACAACUUAAUUUUCAUCUUAUAUUUGCUUGAUUUUGGUGGUUCUAAUUAUAUGGACAAAUUUGGUUUUUGUGUUGCAUUGUUGCAUACUAGUAUUUGUGUGGCAUUGUUGUUGUGUAUGGUCAAUUUGAUAUGUAGUCAAUGUAGUUUGGUGAAGGUGUUGAAAAAAUGUUUUGUUGUGCAGCUUAGAAUGCCUUCAAUGGUUGCUAAGACUACUAGUAGUAGUAGUACCAGUCAAGUUUUGUCUGCUAUGCCAGUCCAAGAAAAAGGAAGUAGGAAUAAGAGAAAGUAUCGAGCUGAUCCUCCUAUUGGUGAUCUGAAUAAGGUUGUCUCUUUGCCUCAGAAUGAGUGUUCUAGUUAUGAAUUCUCAGCUGAGAAAUAUGAAAUCACCCCAGUUCAUGGACAUUCCAGUGAGUGUGAUGUGUGUUGUCUUAGCCAAGACCAUUUGGAUGCUUUGAAACUUGACCUUGGAUUGCCUACUUCCGUAGGAUCAUCUGAGGUGGGGCCAAGCCAGCCUAGAGAGGAAAUAGAAGCAGUGCAUGAGUUUCAUGAUGCUGAUUGGAGUGAUUUUACAGAAUCCCAGCUCGAAGAACUUGUUUUGAUCAACGUGGACAUGAUUUUCAAGAAUGCUAUUAAAAAAAUUGUUGGUUGCGGUUACAGUGAAGAAGUUGCUACGAAGGCUGUUUUGAGGUCUGGCCUUUGUUAUGGGUGUAAAGACACUGUGUCAAAUAUAGUGGACAAUACUCUGGCAUUUCUUAGAAAUGGCCAAGAGAUUGAUCUGUCAAGGGAGCACUAUUUUGAGGAUUUACAGCAGAUGGAGAAGUAUAUAUUGGCGGAGUUGGUUUGUGUUCUUCGUGAGGUUAGGCCUUUCUUCAGCACCGGGGAUGCAAUGUGGUGCUUGUUGAUAUGUGACAUGAAUGUGUCUCAUGCUUGUGCAGUGGACGGUGAUAUCUUGAGUAGUUCAGCUGGCGAUGUGGGUCCCAAUGGGAGUGAUUGUGCUUCCACCCAAGCUCAGUCAAGAACUGAGACCGGGAGUUCUGAACUCGAUCUUUCUAGUAAUCCCUGCAAACAAAAUUCUUCAAUUGCUUGUGCUCAUACUUGUCAAUGUGAGAUAGCCAACAUGGCUUCAAUUCCUUCUGCUUAUGGUUCUCAAUCUCAGACAUCCGCCAUAUCUGGGGUUCCAAACUUUGUAAAACCGAAAAACUCCUUUGAUAGUGUGGAUAAAUCCUUUGGUGCCAUAGGAACAACACAAUCUCAUGCCCCUGAAGAAAAAAUUGGGGGAAGUAGAAAGAUUUCUGGUAUUACUAAGAGGGAAUAUUUACUCCGACAGAAGUCACUUCAUCUGGAAAAAUGCUACCGUACAUAUGGUUCCAAAGGGUCUUCUAGAGCUGGCAAACUCAAUGGUUUUGGUAGUUUAGUUUUGGAUAGGAAACUAAAGGCUGUGUCGGAUUCUGCAUGUGCUAAUCUGAAAAAUGCUUCCCUGAAGAUAAGUAAGACGAUGGGAGUUGAUGUGCCUCAAGACAAUGAAAACCGUAAAUUAUCAACAAAUGUCGGGGAUACCAUUUCUACCAUACCUGAAAUCAGUGUACCAUCUACAUUACAUACAGUUAGUACCCCACCGGCUUUAUCAGCUGCUGAUAUUGAGCUUUCACCUUCACUUCCUACAAAAAAUGAUGCUGCUCCAAUGCCUGUAACCGUCAAUGCAGUGGCUCCUAAUUGUAGUUAUGCCGGCAUACCAUAUGAUAAGUCCAUUGGGCAGUGGGUCCCACAGGACAAGAAAGAUGAAAUGAUUUUGAAGUUGCUUCCGAGGGUUCAGGGACUGCAAAAUCAGCUCCAAGAGUGGACGGAGUGGGCUAAUCAGAAGGUUAUGCAGGCUGCUCGAAGGCUGAGCGAAGACAAAGCUGAGCUUAAGACACUGAGGCAAGAGAAAGAAGAGGCUGAGAGGCUCAAGAAAGAGAAGCAAACUUUGGAGGAAAACACUAUGAAGAAGCUUACUGAGAUGGAGAAUGCUUUGCGUAAAGCCAGUGGGCAGGUAGAGCGAGCUAAUAAUACUGUUCGGAGACUUGAGGUUGAGAACGCUGCAUUGAGGAAAGACAUGGAGGUUGCUAAAUUACGAGCUGCUGAGUCGGCUGCAAACUGUCAGGAGGUGUUGAAGAGAGAGAAAAAGACGCUAAUGAAAUUUCAAUCAUGGGAGAAGCAAAAGACCUUCUUUCAGGAAGAACUCGCGGCCCAGAAACAUAAGUUGGCACAGCUGCAGCAGGAACUGGAACAAGCAAAAGAUAUAUGGGACCAACUUGAGGCUAGAUGGAAGGAUGAAGAAGAGGCCGAGGAAGAACUACUUACCCUGGCCAGUAAAAUAAGAAAAGAAAGAGAACAAAUCGAAGCGUCAGCUAAAUCAAAAGAGGAUAUGAUCAAAUUGAAAGCAGAAGCCAAUCUGCAAAAGUGCAAAGAAGAUAUCGAGAAGCUUGAGAAAGAAAUCUCCCAAUUGAGAUCGAAGGCCGACUCCUCGAAAAUAGCAGCUCUGAGAAGAGGCAUUGAUGGAAGCUAUGCUAGCAGACUGACAGACAUUAGAAAUGCCCCAGCUAAAGAGUCCCAAACGCCUUAUAUCUCAGUAAUAGCAACAGAAUUCAAGGAAUAUUCUGGGAUUGGAGGCGUGAAACGUGAACGAGAAUGCGUGAUGUGUCUUUCAGAGGAGAUGUCUGUGGUUUUUCUUCCGUGUGCUCAUCAAGUAGUCUGCACAAAUUGCAACGAGCUCCAUGAGAAGCAGGGAAUGAAGGACUGCCCAUCCUGUAGGAGCCCCAUCCAGCGGCGAAUUUCUGUACAUUAUGCUUGCUUUUAAUUUAUUUCUGUUACUGAGUUUGAGUGUGUUAAAUGGUGAUUUGUGGGUUUUCGUUUGAAACGAAUAAUACAUGCUUUUUUUACGGCCCUUCCAUAGUUUGAGUCUAGACAGUCUUAAACGUGGGGUUGUGUCUAUGAUGGUUCUCCGUCGUUUAUAAAACAAAGAGUUGCUUUUUUGAUAC